AUGGAGAAUGUUGACAGCAUUAGCCCCUUGCAGUCUAUCCGUGACAACACGACCUUGGUUUCAAGUGAUGGAAGCUUUGAGCUUGGUUUCUUCAGUCCAGGUAGUUCCACGAAUCGUUACUUGGGGAUUUGGUACAAGAACAUCCCAGUUAGAACUGUUCUUUGGGUUGCAAACAGAUGCAACCCCAUUAAUUAUUCUUCCGGCAUGUUGAUGAUAAACAGCACAGGCAAUCUUGUGCUGUUGGGUCAGAACAAGAGUGUUGCUUGGUCGACAAGCUCAGUUAAACACGUCCAAAGUGCAAUGGUACAGCUUUUAAAUUCUGGAAAUUUGGUAGUAAGAGAUGUGAAAGAUGGAAAUACAGGAACUUAUUUGUGGCAAAGCUUCGACUAUCCUUCUGAUACAUUGUUACCAGGAAUGAAGUUGGGAUGGGACUUGAGGACGGGUCUACAACAGAGUUUAUCAGCAUGGAAAAAUUCAGAAGACCCGUGUCCAGGAUAUUUCACUUUUGGGAUUGAAAUGGGACAUGAUACAUAUCCUGAGGCAUAUAUUUGGAAAGGCACUGCAAAAUACUAUCGUAGUGGCCCAUGGAAUGGCCUGAGAUUCAUUGGUGCACCAGAAUUAAGGCCUAAUCCACUUUAUCGUUUCGACUUUGUCGAUAAUGACGAGGAUGUAUACUACAUGUACAACCUUCAAAAUAAAAGCUCAGAUAUCAGGGGAGGAGGUACCGGAUGUGCCAUCUGGUUUGGUGAUCUAAUAGAUGUCAGGCAGUUUACAGCUGCUGGACAGGAUCUGUAUAUUCAGAUGCCAGCUUCAGAGUUAGCUGAAUUUUCUGUUUAUCGUCCCAUCUCUACUGCAUCAUACAACCAUGAUGAAGAAAAUGGCAGUAAACUGAAGACGGCAGUGGCAAAUGCAGUUUCUGUAGCAAUGGUGCUCUCUGAAGUGCUGUUAGUUGGAUAUUACCUUCACCGAAGCAGGAGAAAAUUAAAAGAAAUAGGCAAAACAAAUCAGAACAAUGAAGGGGAACCAAAGGAGGACCUGGAGCUCCUGCUCUUCGACCUAACCAUAGUAAUAGGAGCCACAAAUAACUUUUCAAGCAAUAAUAAGCUCGGAGAAGGUGGAUUUGGAACUGUUUACAGGGGGACACUACAUGGACAAGAAAUUGCUGUGAAGAGGCUUUCAAGAAGUUCUGGCCAAGGAUUGAAUGAGUUCAAGAAUGAAGUUAUUCUGAUUGCCAAGCUUCAGCAUCGAAAUCUUGUAAAGCUACUUGGAUGCUGCGUUCAAGGAGAGGAGAAAAUGCUGAUUUAUGAAUACAUGCCUAAUGGAAGCCUGGACUCCUUUAUUUUCGAUCAAGUGAGAGGAGGACUACUGUUAGAUUGGCCUAAACGUUUCCACAUUAUCUGCGGAAUUGGUCGCGGUCUCCUCUAUCUCCAUCAAGAUUCCAGGCUAAGAAUUAUUCAUAGAGAUCUCAAAGCAAGUAAUGUUUUACUUGAUAAUGAAAUGAAUCCAAAAAUUUCAGAUUUUGGCUUGGCUAGAACUUUAAUUGGAAGAGAUCAGACUGGUGGAAAUACAAACAGAGUGGUUGGAACAUACGGUUACAUGGCACCUGAAUAUGCUAUUGAUGGGCUGUUUUCUGUCAAAUCGGAUGUACUUAGCUUUGGUAUUUUGGUGCUGGAGGUCAUGAGUGGAAGGAAAAAUAAGGGAUUGUACCAUCCAAACCUCAGCCAUAGCCUUAUUGGACAUGCAUGGAGAUUAUGGAAUCAAGGAAGGCCUUUAGAACUGAUUGAUACGUGUUUAGAAAGUUCAUGUACUCUAUCUGAAGUGUUAUGUCGCAUCCAUGUUAGUCUCUUAUGUGUGCAACAUCAUCCCGAGGACAGACCAAGCAUGUCAUCUGUAGUUAUAAUGCUGGGAAGUGAGAUUGCAUUGGCUCAGCCCAAACAACCUGGUUUCUUUAUAGAAAAGGAAUCACAUGAAGCAGGCUCUUCUUCAGGUAAUCAAUAA